CAUUCGCGGGGUAUGUUGUGUACUGUUGUGACCGUUUGCCCCAUCUCCGUGUGUAGUCGUGUAUUUCGAAUAUACGUGUGGACAGUUUUUCCGCUGCGGAGCGAGUCCUUUCCACACCCGUAGGGGAUUUGCGUGUUCUGAAAGAUCGAUUCCUCAAAGGAAUAGCCGCGUAAUCCACGUGGAUUUUCGCUCAUCCUCGCGCACGUUGUGGAAUUAAUUGGAUGCGCGGGAUUGACUCGAUGUUGGUGUGUCUCAUUUUUGUUUAAUGAUUUUGUCGAUUCAAACAAAGCGUAACGGAGCGCGUUGGAUGGUAAUUGCAAUAGAAAACCCCAAAUUGGUCAAUGCCACUCCUGUUUAUUAUUUAUUAAUCGUUUGAUGACUCGCAAUGAGGGAGAAGUGAUUAAACUUGAGACGAGUAAGACAGCGGAUCAAAGCCCCCCACACAAUCACCGCUAAGCCAACAACGGGGGGAAAAGCAACAGCCCGAAAGAAAAUCUGUGUUUAUGGAUCUCUUUCCCAAGAGAAGCGAAAACAAAAAAAAAGUAUUAUCUAUUUGAAUUAUACGGCUGGCAAUUAAAAAUUCAGUGAUCUUUAAGUUCGACCAUCGUAAAUCACACCCAACAGCGUCAAACAAUACUCCGCCUGCUAUCGGGCGCGUAUGAAGGCGGAAAUAAGCCAGCCCAGCUUGUUCAACAAAUAGUUAAUCAAUUUCGGUGGCAAUAAAAUAGAGAAAAAAAAACCAACUGAUCCUAAUCAGUUUCUGCCGGUUCCAAGCUCCUCGUAGUUGGGCCAAGCUCAAUCAACAAGUGCAUGUGCCUUAACUAGUCCGUGGAUAGUGAUCGUAAAACGUAAAUAAGCUUGACUUAACCCUCGGUUGCCGAUCGUUGACCUUAAGGAGGAAAUUGGAGGAAGAAGGAAAAUUAAGUCGCCACCAGAAGUGUACGACGGAUAUGUGGCGACGGCGGAAGUGAUUUACUAGUGAACCAAUACGUGAAACUGUUUGCCAAGAAGAUAGCUCUGUGAUCUGUAGGUGGUAGCCGUUAGAAGAAAGGUGUUGAAAUUGUGUGAAAAUUUGAUCCCACCAACCAAAAAAAUCAUCCUAUAUGGUAAUGGCGGAGAUCGGUGGCCCAUUGGCGCACCAGUUGAACCCCUUGCAGAACCACCGGGGAGGUCUAGUGCAGCCGUCGCUGGUGAUGAACCAUCACCUCGACCCGCUGGACAACGGAGGGGGAACGUGCCAUGCGCCCAAUAUACUUCCAAACACUUCCUGUCCCUACAAGUCACCAGAUCAACAACAGCAACAAUCCCAACCACAGCAACGCUUCGUGAGCAAAGAACAAACAGAAAAGGAACGGCUCUCGCUCUGCGUCGGCUGUGGUGGUCAGAUUCACGACCAGUACAUCCUGCGAGUUGCACCGGAUCUCGAGUGGCACGCGGCCUGCCUCAAGUGCCAAGAAUGCCGACAAUUCCUAGACGAAAGUUGUACCUGCUUCGUGAGGGACGGCAAAACGUACUGUAAACGAGAUUAUGUUAGGUUAUUUGGUACCAAAUGUGAUAAAUGUGGAAGCUCCUUUAGUAAAAACGACUUUGUGAUGCGGGCCAAAACGAAAAUCUACCACAUAGAAUGCUUUCGAUGUUCCGCCUGCACGAGACAGUUGAUACCGGGUGACGAAUUUGCGUUACGAGACGGAGGUGCCCUGUACUGUAAGGAGGAUCACGACCACCUAGAAAAGUCCAACCAAACCAGUCUGAUACAGAGUGUAGAACCAAACAACAACAUUAGCAGUAAUACCAAUCAGAACAGCAACAGUAAUAAUAACAACAACACUAGUAUAAGCAAUAACAACAACUCGAGUGAGCUGGGGUCGAUGUCGGAUUCCGGCAGCGAGUCGGGCUCGCACAAAAGUAUGCGCGGUAAAGGACCCUCCGGGCCGUCGGACGGCAAGCCAACCCGGGUGCGGACGGUGCUCAACGAGAAACAACUGCACACCUUAAGAACCUGCUACAAUGCCAACCCACGGCCGGAUGCACUGAUGAAGGAACAGCUGGUGGAGAUGACCAACCUGUCGCCACGUGUCAUUCGAGUGUGGUUCCAGAACAAGCGGUGUAAAGACAAGAAGAAGACGAUCCAGAUGAAACUGCAGAUGCAACAGGAGAAGGAAGGUCGUAAACUCGGUUACGGUAUGCAGGGAAUCCCAAUGGUUGCCAGUUCCCCGGUACGGCAUGAUUCUCCGCUGAACAUGCAUGGACUGGAAGUAACCGCCUAUCAGCCACCGUGGAAGGCCCUUUCGGACUUUGCGCUGCACUCGGACCUGGACAGCAACGGUGCAAUCAACACCCACACACCUGCGUUCCAGCACCUAGUCAAUCAGAUGCACGGCUACGACGUCAGUGGCGGUGGUGGGAUGCAGCAGAUGCCCCAGCAAGGCCAGGGUCCACCGAUUACCUCCCACAUGGACAUUAGUGGCCACCACCCGGACAGUACCGAUUCGUACGUGACAUAUCUGGAAAGCGACGACAGCAUGCACGAUAGCCCGUAGGCUCAUUUUCCUCCUCCAUCAAAAACAGAAAUUGCUUUCAACCUGUUGUCGAAGGUUGUUGUACCUUAAGGAUUCAGUUCAGUUUCUCGCUCGCGGUUCCUAAAAGACCAUCGCAAUUUUUUUUCAGUGCAGAUAUAGGGUGGCAACACUUAAGUUUCGGUUACGAUUUCUAAUCCUAAGUUCCACAUGCAUGCAAAGAUAUUAUUUUAAUUUAUUUGAAACAGAGAGAUUGUUUUCUGUUGGUAGCCUCACAAAUCUAGCCAAUCGUACUUUAUCGUUUUAAUUUGUUUUAACGAAUCUUAUAAUUUUCCCUGUAAAUAGUGUAUCAUAGCAGAAAAAUGGUGAAAUUGACGAAACAAGCACAUCAGUUGGGCAUUUUCCUCUCACUGACAGUUAGCAUAAUCAAAUUCAAAGUUACAAUGGUCUCCUUAAGUGUUAAGGUUUUAAUUUGUAAAUCAAUUCACCUCCUGUGUAAAUAACUUUUAUAAUUUAUUAGACUUAUAUGGAGCAUACAAGAAUGAUACAACCUACAAAUAGAAAGAGCGAAAAGAAAUAGUAGAGUUAAAAGAAUCAAACUUAUUUAAGUUUUAUCAAGCAACCAAUAUUGAAAUGUAGGGAAAUUGAUUGUAAAAUAGAAAUGGAUCACUUUUGAGAUUUAAUAACGCAAGAUUCGCAACCCAAAAAUGAAAAGCAAAAAAAAAAUGUAAACAGAAGCAAAAUUGUAUGAUAUAAUACUACGAUUGAAUGGAAGAAUAAACUAGACCGAUUAAAAA